AUGAACAGCUACGCCUUCCUAAUCGUCGCUGUGACGGCGCUGGCCGCCGCCCAGGGAGCGCCCACCCAUGAGACGCAGACACCUCAGUCUGCCAGCCAGCUGGCCCUGGACAUGUAUCACGGCUGCCUCAAGGAUCUGAGCGUGUCGUGUGUGCGUCCCAAAGCGCUGCGUUGGUUCAAUACGGCUUUGCAGCAGCCGGAAGUGCGGCUGACCGAUCGUCUGUCGAUUGUCCGCACCAUGGAAAAAUCGGAAUCGACCUCAUCGCGCUCCCUCAAUGCCGAGGAGCAAAUGUUCGAUGAUAUCGAUGGCUAUCUGGGCAGUCACGCCUUGAGAAUCCAGGCACCUGAGUACUUCCGCAGCUCCGAGGCCCGUUCGCUGGUGCCGGACUUCCUGCUGCAGAACGCCCUCACCCAGGGCGGAGUAGUUCCUCUGGCAGCCGCCAACGAGGGUCGUGGUAUGAUCCGCAAGGCCAUACUGCCUUUCCUGCUGGGUCUGAAGCUGAAGACAACUGUUCUGGUGCCCUUGGCGCUUGGCCUGAUUGCACUGAAGACGUGGAAGGCGAUGACAUUGGGUCUGCUCUCCUUGGUUCUGUCCGGUGCUCUGGUCAUAUUCAAGAUUGCCAAGCCCAAGAUCGUCAACUACGAGGUGGUGCACUAUCCAAACCACCACCAUGUUGAGCAUGUGGUGCCGCAUCACAUUGAGCAUGUGGUGCCACAUCACAUUGAGCAUGUGGUGCCCCAUCACAUCGAGCACAUUGUGCCGCAUCACAUUGACCAUCAUCUGGAGCACCAUAUCGAUCAUCAUGGGGACCUGCCACUGGAGCAUAUCGAUCAUUUGGAGCAUCCAUCGCCAGCAUGGGACCCGCACGCUUGGGCCCGCUCCUCCCAGGAGCCACAGGAUGCCCAGGACCUCGCAUACGCGGGUCAGAAAUAA